AUGACUGUCCAGAAACUGGUAGCCACAGCUGUGUUGGUAGCCCUGGUCUCACUUAUUCUUAACAACGCAGCUGCCUUCACUCCCAACUGGGUAUACCAGACCCUGGAAGACGGGCGCAAGCGCAGCGUGGGGCUCUGGAAGAUGUGUUGGCUGGCAGAAAAGAGCAGAGGAGGUGCAAGCACGAGUGCCAGGCACGGGCAAGGGGAGGAGCGCGAGUGCGAAGCCCUGGGCUGGGGCUCAGAGUCAGCUGGGUUCCAGGAGUCCCGCAGUACUGUCAAACUGCAGUUUGACAUGAUGCGUGCUUGUAACCUCAUCGCCACUGCUGCUCUGACUGCUGGCCAGCUCAUCUUCGUCCUGGGCCUGAUGGAGCUACCUAUCAUUUCUCAGGAUACCCAGUGGUGGGAAGAAGCCAUAGCUGCCGUGUUCCAACUUGCCAGUUUUGUUCUGGUUAUUGGAUUGGUGACUUUCUACCGCAUCGGACCAUACACCAACCUCUCUUGGUCUUGCUACCUGAACAUUGGAGCCUGUCUUUUGGCCACGCUGGCAGCUGCCAUUCUCAUAUGGAACAUCCUUCAUAGGCGUGAGGACUGCAUGGCGCCCCGGGUCAUUGUCAUUAGCCGUACCCUGACCGCUCGGUUUCGCCGUGGCCUGGAAAACGACUAUGUUGAGUCACCGUGCUGAAAGAGCGGACUUGAAAGGGGAAAGAUCUCCAAGGAGAUAUGCAUUGGAGUUGUUUUCUAUAAAUAUAUACUAUAAUUUAAAACUAAGGGUUGAAAGACAUCAGAAAGCUCACUCUUGUGGGCAGAGGCCCUCAAUUAUUAUUUGGAUGGGCUCCAUCUAUAUACAUAUGUAUAAAACACAUAAUUUUUAUAUAUAUUAUAUUGCCCUCUCCCUCUGCUGUACAGCAAAGAAUGUUGGAUUGUCAGAAUCCUGACAGAGCAUCACAGCUACAUGUCAGCAGGGUCAGCUUUAGCAGACACAGAGCGUAUGCAAUGAGAACGUAGAAAAGAGGCAGCCAAACUUCUCUGUCUGCAUAAAGUUAUCCUGCUCCCUGAUAAUAAUGUAAAAAGCUAUAGGAGACCAGUGACAAUAGCUUUGGCAUUAACAGGCAAUAUGAGAAAGCAGAAAACUCACUAUAGAA